AACACUUGUCAGGAGCUGGUUCUUGAUCAGAAGUCCCCAGCGACUCUGGAAAUUUCACUGCCGGUUGACAGACGGAGGAGGGUUUGUUCUGUGUCUCCACCGGUCCCUCCUGAGGCAGCCGAGCGGCCUGCUGCCAGCUUCCAGUGCCCGCGGUUACUCCCGCGGGUGUUUGGGUUUCUGCCUCAGCGGCGUGGACGUGGACAGGCUGUGAGUGUGACUGUUGGGGGCCACGCCGGUGCCUUGAAGUUUCAAUGUCUGCAUCUCUUCCCGCAGGGAGAUGACAGUCUGUCUGCGAUCUCCUUGGACUCCGACCUCGAGACAAAAACAAAGAGGAAGAGUUUCCACAAACCUUCGCCCACAUCACCGAAGUCACCGUAUUACUGUAAGCCGAGAACAGCGGUGUGCUGGAGGUCCCUGCGGACGGCCCCCAGCAUGCCUCUUGGAAACCGAAUGUCCUUGACGCCUCAGAAGCUGUGGCUGGGAAGCUCGAAGCAAGGAGGUGUGGCCCACCCCCCGAAGCCAGGCCUCACCUUGGAGCAUGCCUGGACCCACCCCCCCAGCAGCACCCCCGACUAUCUGACGGAGGCACUGAGAGUGAAGAGGUCAGACCUCAGGCGUUCUGCCAGCAGUGGUCACGUCCCGGGGACGCCGGUCUACAGAGAGAAGGAGGAGAUGUACGACGAGAUCAUGGGCCUGAAGAAGUUGUUGCACAUGCAGAAAAGCGACUUGGAUCUGCUGAGGACGAAGCUGCGGCGCCUGGAGGAGGAAAACGGACGGAAGGACCGGCAGAUCGAGCAGCUGCUGGACCCGACCCGGGGCCCGGAUUUUGUGUGGACUCUGGGAGAGAAAAGGCCUGACGCUGGCUGGGUCAUCAACGGGCUGAAGCAGAGGGUCCUGCGGCUGGAGCAGCAGUGCAAGGACAAGGACAGCACCAUCAGCAAACUGCAGGCUGAUAUGAAGACCACGAGCUUGGAAGAGAUGCGGAUUAUCAUGGAGACGUACUACGAGGAGAUCCAUCGUCUCCAGACGCUGCUGGCGAGCUCGGAACCGACAGGAAGGACACGGCCUGUGGUGGAGAAGAGAGCUGGUCUCAGGAGGCAGAAGAAGCUGAGCAGUGCCCUGCUGAGCCUGUCCCGGAGUGUGCAGGAGCUCACAGAGGAGAACCAGAGCCUGAAGGAGGACCUGGACCGCGUGCUGAGCAGCUCGCCCACCGUCUCCCGGACAAAGGGGUACAUGGAGUGGAGUAAGGCCCGGCUGCUGAGACGGAUCGCAGAGCUGGAGAAGAAGAUCAGCUCAGUGGAAAGCCCAGAACCUCAGGCUUUGGACGUGGUCCGGUCAGACCCGCUGGCUCUCCCCGCAUCCAGCGCCUGGGCCCACAGGCAGCCCCAACCCGAGUGCCAGGAGGACAACAAGCGCCACGAGGACAGUGAGCGUCUCCGGGGCACAGUGCGGAGCCUGAAGGGCGAGCGGAAGGCCCUGCAGGCCCAGCUGCAGGAGAGAAGCUUGGAGGUAAAGCAGCUGCUCCAGACCAAGGCCGACCUGGAGAGGGAGCUGGAAGAGGUGCGGGAAGGCGAGGAGGCGAGGAGAGCGAGAGAGGAGGCUUUGAGGGAGGAAGUUCAAGCUCUGACCACAAAGUGUCAAGACCUGGAAGCAGUUAGGAAGGGAGAGGGAGACGACCCCACGGAAGUGACCCCUGAGGCCCCGGAGGAGCCCCGACCUGCCCGUCCUGCCAGCAGUCCCUCUCAGCAGGACUCUGAGCCCGACGCCAGCGAGGAGGGCUCGCCCCGGCCCCCCUGCACCUGCUCGGAGGAGCACAGACACGCGGCCGCCAGGGUCCUGCAGGCCCGGUGGAAGGUGUACAGACUCCAGAAAAGAAAGGCUGUGCUGGAUGAGGCGGCCACGGUGCUUCAGGCCGCUUUCCGGGGACACCUGGCCAGGGAAAGUCUGUUAUCGAGCAGAGCGCGUAGGUCAGCGUCUCCCAGUGUGCCCGGCCUCCCCAGCCAGAACCCUCCCUCACCUCGUGCUCCGAGCCCCACUGUCCAAGCCGAGGGCGACCCCGGGCAGGAGGAGGCCAUUACUGUCAUCCAGUCUGUCUUCCGGGCACACAUGGCACGGGUCGGGCACAGUCAAAGACCUCACACCGCAGCUCCUACGAAGACCACGGCUGCUUCGGGCACGUGUGGCACGCCCUCCCCUCCCGGUCUCCCUGUGGCACCUGCUGGUCAGGAAGAGGGCGAAGUGAGCAGUGGGGACGCCAGGGAGGGACCAGCCCCGCAGCCCUGUCCCGCAGAGCCCCCUCCCUCGGAGCCACCGCCCUCGGCAUCUCCACGCUGGGAAGACGCCUACUCCGACGACUCCGACGAGGUUGUCGUGGCUCCGACUCCGCCCUUGAAGAAAAGCGCCCCCCUGCCCCUUGCCCUCAGUCCCUAUGGGUGUGUCCCACGGGGCGACGCCCUGUCUGCGGAAGGUUAGGUUAAGAGGGCUCGCGUGAGAGGAGAGACCUAGAACUGCAAAGUGCUUUAUCUCGUUAGGAAAAGAACGGACCUGCUCUCCACUCAGCAUCCCCAGCUUCUCUCGCGCGGCUGGUUUGUGUAAGGACCCUGCGCGCCUUCCUCUCACCUUUGGGGGGCUGUGGUCGCACUGCCCCCUGCUCUCAGCUGCGGUUCACAGGGUGGUUCUCAGCGCCCGCACAUCACCCGGGAUUGGGGUCCACCAGGGAGCCCAGCCUUGACCUUGAAGACACUGAGCCAAGCCCCGUUCAUUUAAUUUUCACUCGGCCUGUGGGCUGCCAGGUCCGUUUCCUUCUUCCUUCCCCCGCUGGGCUGCCUGGCGUCUCGGCUGAGCUGGGCGCUGCCCAGUGCUUUGUUUUAUCCACUGGGUCUGUCCCAGGGAACCUGACCCGUCCACGCUGGGUGCCAGGGUCAGAGCUAAAGGUCAGCCCGAGCCAGCUGAGCAGGAAGUGUAGGGGCCACGUGCCUUCUUGAUUGUGAGGCCACUCCUGCCCCUGGACCAAAAGUGGGCCUUUCUGCAUUUCUGUUCCCUUAAGGAGCCCCAGGCGAGGGCACCCUCCCUGGGCCUGGAGGGCAAGCCCUGCCCAGAGUGGGGAGCAGGUCCUGCGGGGCAUCCCCAUCUGUGCACCGAGACCUGCGGGGGCCUGGCUGGUGGGCAGAGCUGAGAAGGGCAAGUUGAGCCCAUGAACUUGAGUUUCCUGAGAACGUGCCCCUGCCAUGGGGACAUGUACGGUCGCCGUGCCCUGGGCCUCCUGGGUCCAGCGCUGCUGGUCUACCUCAGUAAACGACAUACCUCAGGGA